AUGGGUGACAUAGGCUCUCAGGUGAAGGGGUGGCCCGUCCAGGCCGCAGACGCGUCGGCGCUCUGGGACAAGCUCGCCAAUGGCAAGCCACACCAGGAGGGCGCGAUAAUUGUCUACCCCCAGUCCCUCGGGGACCCCAACACCCGGCAAUUUUUCAACAACGGCUACUGGACAUGCAGCGUCGGCGUAUGCAUCGACAAGCACACCGACGACAUCGCCUUCCUAGAGCAACUCGUCUCCUCCCUCCCCGGCCGCUUUUCUGCCGACCCCAAGCGCGUGUACCUGAGCGGCAAGUCCGCCGGCGGCAUCCUCGUGCACGCGGCGUUGUGCAGGUCCAAGGUUGUCGCCGACAAGGUGGCGGUCGCGAUCGACGUCAUCGGCGGCAUCCCCGACGCAAUGGCGAAGGCCUGCACGCCAAAGGGCCGGACCAAUGUGCUGCUUGUCCACGGGAUGAAGGACGAGCACCUGCCUUGGGCGUCGAGCGUGGUGCUGGAUUACGUGCCUUUCAUGAGCACGCAGGCCGCGGCGGGGUUCUGGCGGGACAAGUACGGUUUGCACAGGUCGACGCGCAAGGAUUACAGGGGCGGGGAGUACAAGUGCGAGUACUUUUCAGGCAGCGGCAAGGCCAACGUCGCAAUCUGCGGCAUCACGGACGCCGGGCACACGUGCGACAUCCCCUACGUCGGGGCGCCCUAUGACUUGGCGUGGUCAUACGUGAAAGGCAUCAAGAGCUAA